UGUUUGAUCGUCUCUGAAGCCUCACAGAGAGAUGAGAGGAGCAGCUAUGAGUUUAACUGCAGCAGCGAGUGGAUUUGUUGUCGUCCUUCUCUCUGUGUCAGUGGUACAGGGUCAGGAUGGCUGGAGAGUGACUUACACUGCUACUGAGAUCUGUGCCUUAAAAGGAUCAACAGUGGAAAUGAGCUGCACAUACACAUAUCCAGCCACAAUCUAUAGCUCAGUUCGGGAAACAUUCUGGUUUACAAAAUGGAGUAAUAAUGAUUUUGUGGAUUUGAGAACAGACUCAGAGUAUUUAGGUCGUGUGCAGUACAUCUGUGAUAGCAAGUGCACUCUGAGAAUCACAGACCUGAGAGAGAGCGACUCAGCUGAGUACAGGUUCAGAUUCAUAACAAACCAUGCAACAGGGAAAUAUUUUGGUAGACCUGGAGUCACUUUGUCUGUCACAGCUCUCCAGGUGCAGAUAAACACAUUAAAGGUCUACAAGUCGUAUAACCAGGCAGAGCUGACUUGUCAGAGCAGUUGUCGUCUACCUGGUCAUCGUCGCUACAUCUGGUACAAGAAUGGACAAAACAUUCAGGGACAAACAUCUAAAUCUUAUUCAGGCCACUUUGAUCCUGCAGACAGAUAUUCAUGUGCUGUAGAAGGAUAUGAGAAGUCCCGCUCUCCUCCAGUGUAUGUUCCGAGGGUUGAGCCUGUGUCAGUGAGUCCCUCUGGUGAGAUAGUGGAGAACAGUUCAGUGACUCUGACCUGUAGCAGUGAUGCUAACCCAGCAGCUAAAUACACCUGGUACAAGAAGGAUGGAGGUCCAGACCUUCAUCCUCUCAGUAAAGAAAGACAGCUCGUCUUCAGAUCCAUCCAGUCCUCUGACUCUGGAGAGUAUUACUGUACUAUGAGACAUCUGAUGUACUUAUCUAAAUACAUCUCUCUUGAUGUCAAAUAUGCUCCAAGGCUUCCCUCUGUGUCAGUGAGUCCCUCUGCUGAGAUAGUGGAGAACAGUUCAGUGACUCUGACCUGUAGCAGUGAUGCUAACCCAGCAGCUAAAUACACCUGGUACAAAGAGAAGCAAAAGCUGCCUCAGAGAUCAACAGGCAUCUAUCAUUUCACCUCCAUCAGCUCUGAGGACAGAGGGAACUACUACUGCAAGUCUGAGAAUCAGUAUGGACAGAUCAUGUCAUCAUCUCUACCUGUAGAUGUCCAGUAUCCUCCAAAGCUUCCCUCUGUGUCAGUGAGUCCCUCUGCUGAGAUAGUGGAGAACAGUUCAGUCAAUCUGACCUGUAGCAGUGAUGCUAACCCAGCAGCUAAAUACACCUGGUACAAGGAGAAUGAAGACUCACCAAAAGCAUCAGGACAGAUCUUCACCAUCACUGACUUCAGACCUGAACACAGGGGGAAUUAUUACUGUGAAGCCCAGAACAGAAGAGGACGUCAUAACUCCACCUUACACCUGAUUGUUGUUGCAGCGUCAAUGGGAGCAGGAGGGAAAGCAUCUGCUGCUGGAACAAUCGCUGUUGUUCUCCUGGCUAUCCUCUCCCUCUCUGUCUUCCUGUGGAUCAGAAAAAAGAGGGCUUCUGAAGAAUCUCCUGAGGCUGAAGAGAGACCAGGCAACAGGGAACAGGCGAGAAUAAGACAGCUGGAGGAGCAGGGUGACCUUCAGUACGCCUCCAUCCACUUCUCCAACAACCAGGCAGAUUCUCUGUACUCCAACAUCAGAGCAGCUCAGCGCCUCAGACACAUGGAGCAACAAGACGUCUCUGAGUAUGCCGCUGUCAAAAUUAACAGUGCCAGAACUGCCCCAAGAACCAGAGGACAGAAAACUGAAGAGAAUCCAGCUGCCUUGUACAGCACAGUCAACAAAACCCGAUGAGCACAACAUACUUUUCAUUUAUACGCUUAUAUGUCUUUUUAUUUUCUUUAUUUUUGAUGCAUAACAUAACAGUUUUACAGAGUUAUACAUAUUAUUAUUAAUUCUGCAAUAUUCUGUCACACUGGACCUUUAAUACGUUGAAUUGUAAAUCUAACCUGUGUAACAUGCUUCUCUCUAACAGUCUCUAACAACUUCCUCCCUCCUCUCUUCCCCCUCAACUUCUUGUGUAGCUUUAAUGAUGAGAUCGACUCUUCUCCUUUAUGUGAAACAUCACUUCAGGAACAGCAUAAAAAAAUGUACUUAAGCAUUUGGAACCAUUAAGAGCAUCUUUAUUGUCAUCAUGUGCUUGUAGCUAUAAGGAAUUUAUCAUGCGUACAUGAUUUGAUUUGUUUGAUUUGUUGGUUGCAUUGGAUUUAAAUAUAUACUGGCAUGUGAAAUAAAGGCAUUUUAAUUUUGACUGUUUUUGAUUUGAGACUAUUUUAUUAUUGAGACAAUAUUUUACGUAUGCAAUGAGCCGUUCACAGGAUGGAAUUAGCACAGUAUAACUUAAGUAGUUGUUGACUUUGGAGUUACUUUUAGUACUCCAUGAAUUACACUUAGGACUCACAUGCCCCACAUACUGUUAGGAGCUCCUUUUAACCCUUAGGAUGUUUUGUGAAUAUUGCCCCGCUUUUAGUUCAGAACGAGAAGUUAAAUUGAAAUCCAACAUUUGUGUGUGAUAUAAGAGUCCCCACAAGUCACAAUCAUUAAAAAAAACAGAGACAAAUUAAAAAGGACUGAAAACAUAGUAAGAGAUACAUAAGGCUCAGUGAGGAAGUAGAUGACAGACCACAGUGCAAAGUGUCUUACAACAGAUGCAGUCAAGGACUCUGUCAUGAAGCCAGUGCCAUGACAGUUUUGGUGUUGUGUUUGUCUGUACUGUUUGUUAUUGUUCUGUCUCUUCCUGUUUCUCUGUCUGUUACCUUACAGCCCAGCAUCACCUUAAGCCCUCCUGCAGCUAUUUCCCCCCCGGACCCACUCUCUGUCCAUGACCCCCUUGGACCAGCAACCCUCCUUCCCCACACCUCCCUUAUCAUAAAUAAACUUGUUCUUUUGACUGUUGUUGUCUCUAUUUGGGUUCCUUGCUAAGUUGUGACAGGCUCCUGUUUUUUUAUCGCUGUGAAAUGACUCAGUAUUUACGUGGCAGCCAUGAUAAAAGUUGCUCAAAUUCUCUAAAUGAAUUUCAUGGAAAUUGAGUCUGAAGUAAAGACUUUUAGUAGUUUUAUUCUUUGGUCACACAGUUAUACAGAGUGUCAUACGGAGCAGUCUGGAGGAUGAGAUACGAAAGUAACACAAGAGCAAAGUAUUUAUCAAAAAACACACUUCCCACAGUCUAGCUCUGCAGGACACUGAACUGUUUAGUCUUUCAUAGUGAAAGGUCACCAAUUGUUGUCUGGAACACUCCAGAUGCGUAACACCACAAGAUAAAAAGAUAUGAGGUGACUAAGAGAUAUACUACUUCUAAUUUCUACUUGCACACAUCUAUAAUUUUUCAUUAGUUGGUAGAGCAGCCGCCCUAUGUGCAAAGGCUCAGUCCUUGCUGUCGAAGCCCAGGGUUCGAAUCUGACCUGUGGCUCUUUCCCACGUCAUUCCCCGUCUCUCUCUCCACAUUCCUGUCACUCAUCAGCUGUCUCUAUCAGAAAUAAAGCUUUAAAAGGCC